CCCGAUCUCGUCCCCUUUCGGGGGUUUGCUUAUAAACUCUUUAUCCCCUCCGCACCUUUUCUCUUUCCACACAGUAUAUAGCCUCCUCCGCCUCUUCUCUUAUCCUCUCCGCUCCACUCAACCCCUCUAGGGUUCUCUCUCUCCUCCUUGGCCACGAUGAAUCGGGAAAAGCUUAUGAAGAUGGCUGGUGCUGUUCGCACUGGCGGAAAGGGCAGCAUGCGCAGGAAGAAGAAGGCAGUUCACAAGACCACAACUACCGAUGACAAAAGGCUUCAGAGCACCUUAAAACGCAUAGGUGUGAACACCAUUCCUGCCAUUGAAGAAGUAAACAUUUUCAAAGACGAUACAGUUAUCCAGUUCACGAAUCCCAAAGUGCAAGCUUCAAUUGCUGCCAAUACAUGGGUGGUUAGUGGAUCGCCUCAAACGAAAAAGCUACAAGAUAUUCUGCCUGCAAUCAUCAACCAGUUGGGACCUGAUAACUUAGAAAACCUGCGGAAACUCGCUGAACAAAUCCAAAAGCAAGCACCCAACGCCAGUGGUAAUGCCACCGGUAGUGGCACAGCUCAGGAAGACGACGAUGACGACGUGCCUGAGCUCGUGGCUGGGGAGACAUUCGAAGAGGCUGCCAAUGAGAAGGAAGCAUCGUAAUAUUUUUUUGCUUUUUUCUCUUGUUGUUAAGCUGUUUGUCGCUUCCUGUUUCAUUUAUAAUAUCGCGCAAGACUUCUCAAACACCUCUCUAUCUAAGACCUUGUUUUAGAAAACUUCUCUAUCUUCCCUUCCUGCGUGUAUGCAGUGGAUGCACCAGGAUGAGCUGAUGAAGUUGUACAAUCAUUUUCGUUCAUUUUGCGCUUUUUGCGAGCUUCCAAAGUAGGCAAAUUUGAAUGCUUUUGUGUGUGGUGUGCUUCUACUGUGUGCUGAAUAUAGAUUUUGGAAAGCUGCUUCCUAC